GCCACAGCAGACACUCACACAUUCCUUACUGUACAUGAUCUGGAGAUUCACAGUUGGAGCUCUAAUGACGGUCUUCUUCUUGGGUGUCAGUUGGAUAAAGUGUGACAUUUAGUAUUGCCUACCAUGGGGAUUCUUAUGGAAGAGUGUGAAAAUCAGAGGAUAAAUGUGUGGCUACCAUAUGAAACAGAUGAAAACAACAUAAAUGCUGAUGAUGAUCAUAAUAAUCAAGAAACCAUAAACCAAAAAGACCAGAAAACUUCAUGGUAUUAAGUUAUUUAUUGAGACAUAACAGUCUUAAAUGAUUCAACAUUUGCAACUCUUGCGGAAAAGUUUUACUUUUCUGCCUAUAAUUUUAAAAUACCUAAUAAAAAGGCGCAUUUCCAUUAUGAAGUCAUGUUUUUGACAUGAAAUGCCACUGGCAGAGCAUCUAAAAGAACUAGACUUUCCCUGUAUUUCUCAUAUCUGUGUAAAAAAAAAAAAGUUUUGAUAGAAGAGGAAUGUGAAUGUUUCCCCAUUUAGAGCGUUAGUGAAUUGAUAGGGGCGUCAAUUUCCCUCUCCAUCACCCACCCCCACCGUCCACCAUCCCUCCCAUUAUCUGCCCCCUCCUCCUCUUCCUCCUCCUCCUCCCAGUCGGUGGCUGUUUCAAGCUGUCAGGGAAGCAGGCUAUAAAACAGAAAGCGACGGCAUUGGAAAGAGACUUAUUGAGGCUGCUGGUGCUGGAGACGCACAUGGAGCAGCUCUGAGAACCUCCGGCGGAUGACUUAACACGGACUUUCACCUCAUGUCGGCGGACGCUUGGAUUUAACUUUUUUUUUUUUUUUUUUGGUAAUUGGUCUCUUGAAAGAGUGUCAUUAAAUAACAGUCUUUAACUUUGAGAGUAUUAUUUUAUCAUUAUCCUUCCUGGAGUAGUGGCACAGAGACAGGGACGUCUGGGGAUGAUGGGUCCUCGUGCGCUCCGCUCCUUGCUGUGCGUCCUGGGCUGCGCGUGGCUGCGCACCGGAGCGGCCUCGCGACUCAAGUCACCCGCACUGCCCAUCCAAUCAGAGAGAGACCCGCUACCCUCCAAAGGCUUGUCAGGAUGCUCAUUCGGAGGUCAAUUCUAUUCUCUGGAGGACACAUGGCACCCAGAUCUGGGGGAACCCUUUGGCAUCAUGCACUGCGUCCAGUGUCACUGUGAACCUCAAAAGGGUCGCAGAGGCAAGGUGUUUGGGAAAGUAAACUGUAAGAACAUCAAACAGGACUGUCCGGAACCAGAGUGUGAUGAGCCCAUCCUGCUGCCGGGACAUUGCUGUAAAACCUGCCCUAAAGGUGAGGAUGACAGGAAACAGAAAGAAUCAUUGCUGGACACCUUUGAGUAUUUAGAUAAGACCAAGGAGAGAGAAGAUGACCUCCACAAAUCUUACAAUGACAGAUCCUACCUGAACUCUGAGGAUAUGGGCCCCGGGGAGAGCAGAACCGAGUUUGUAGCGGUAUUGACAGGAGUGAGAGACUCAUGGCUGCCCAGCUCCAGUGGUGUUGCCAGAGCUCGAUUCUCCCUGACCAGAACCAGCCUUGCCUUCUCCAUCACAUACCAGAGGAUGGGCCGUCCCAGCAAAUUAGCGUUCUUGGAUUCAGAUGGGACCACUGUUUUUGAGUACCGUGUCCCCAGAGGACAGUCUGACAUGAUCUGUGGAGUGUGGAAGAACGUGGCUAAGCCUCUUCUGCGUCAGCUGCAGUCGGAGCAGAUGCGCAUCAGUUUGUCUACAUCGACCAGCAGACGAGAUGAAGUGGAGGGGAAGAUCAUCAAACACAGGGCGCUGUUUGCUGAGACAUUUAGUUCCACCCUGACAUCGGAGGAGGAGAAUUCAGGCAUGGGAGGCAUUGCCAUGUUGACACUGAGCGACACAGAGAACAACCUGCACUUCAUCCUCAUCCUGCAGGGUCUCAUCAGACACCGAGGAAGAGAGCCCCUCGUGGUGCCCAUCAGGGUCCAGCUCCUGUACCGACAACACACCCUGAGAGAGGUCCGGGCCAAUAUCACCUCCCACGAUCCAGAUUUUGCCGAGGUACUGACAGAUCUGAACAGCCGCGAACUGUUCUGGUUAUCUCGCGGUCAGCUGGCAAUUGCUGUGGCAACCGAGGGUCAGGAUCCCCAACAAAUCUCUGGGUUCAUCACUGGCAGAAAAUCCUGCGACACCAUACAGAGUGUUAUGUCCAGCGGUGAUGCAUUGACACCAGGGAAGACGGGAGGCGUUGGCUCUGCUGUCUUUAACCUGCAUGACAAUGGCACUCUGGAAUACCAGGUCCAGGUUGCGGGUUUAACCAGUGAUGUCGUCGGCCUCACUAUUGAGCAGAAGCCACGGCGUCGUAACAAGCGCUCUGUGCUGUAUGACCUGACCCCGGAGUACAGCGGGGCCACGGGCCAAGCCGUGGGCAGCUGGAGUCGUCUGGAGGCACGGCACAUUCACAUGCUGCUGCAGAACGAACUGUUCAUCAACGUGGCCACUGCUCACAGCCAGGACGGGGAACUGAGGGGCCAGAUUAAGGCUGUGCUGUACAGUGGCCUGGAGGCUCCCAGACAUGAGUUGCCCACUCCUCUGGCGGGCUACUUCGUGUCCCCACCAGUGAGGACUGGUGCUUCUGGCCAUGCCUGGGUGUCCGUGGACCGACAGUGUCACCUUCAUUAUGAAAUAGUUAUUGCAGGCCUGAGUAAAUCCGACGACCUCACUGUGAACGCUCACCUCCAUGGACUGGCUGAGAUUGGGGAGAUAGAUGACAGCAGCCCCACUCGUAAGAGGCUUCUGACGGGUUUCUACGGGUCACAGGCUCAAGGAGUGUUAAAAGACAUCAGUGUUGAAUUACUACAGCACCUGGACCAGGGCACAGCUUUCAUCCAGGUCAGCACCAAGCUGAAUCCCAGAGGAGAAAUAAGAGGACGGGUCCACGUUCCGAACAAUUGUGAGUUUGGGACCAGAGGGGAGGUGGAGGAGGCUGACGUUGAUGACACUGUGGCGAAGGACCCAGAGGAACUAAAGAAAGACCCCCAUACCUGCUUCUUUGAAAACCAGCACCAUGCUCACGGCUCUCAGUGGACACCCAACUAUGACAAGUGUUUCUCCUGCAGCUGUCAGAAGCGAACUGUUAUCUGUGAUCCAGUCAUCUGCCCAGUGUUGACGUGCACCCGAACCAUCCAACCUGAGGGCAAGUGCUGCCCAGUCUGUGAUGAGAGGAAGGAGCCCAAGGACAUGAAAGCUCCAGAGAGAGUGGGUGAACCUCCUGAAGGCUGUUACUUUGAAGGAGACCAGAAGAUGCACGCUCCAGGAACCACAUGGCAUCCCUUUGUGCCUCCCUUUGGUUACAUUAAGUGUGCUGUCUGCACUUGCAGGGGUUCAACAGGAGAGGUCCACUGUGAGAAGGUUACGUGUCCGGUGCUGACCUGCAGUCACCCAGUGAGGCGAAGCCCCUCUGACUGCUGUAAGGAGUGUCCAGAGGAGGAGAAGGGCCCGGCAGGUCUGGAGCACAGCGACAUGAUGCAAGCUGACGGCCCGAGACACUGCAAAUUUGGGAAGAACUAUUACCAGAACAGUGACAACUGGCACCCAUGGGUACCUGUGGUCGGGGAGAUGAAGUGCAUCAACUGCUGGUGUGAUCAUGGUGUAACAAAGUGCCAGAGGAAACAAUGUCCAAUUUUGACCUGUACAAACAUCACCCGUAGAGAGGGUUCCUGCUGUCCUGAGUGUCUCGAUUCCACAGAGGAAGACGCUCUCAUGAUGAAGAUUCCAGACAAAAGACGAAGCUGGAGGCACUGAUCUGUUGGAUGCCUUGCUCACCAAAAAAGACUCAUUUUUACCCAUUUAACCUCCCCCAACCAAGAUCCCAGAUGGAUCCAAACCCAGAGCCGCACACUGGGUCUUCAGUCCCACCCACCUCCUUCCUCCUCCUUCCCCCUCCUCCUCACCUCACACCCACCACGCUAUCAGCUCCAGGAUUGUAACGGACAGAGAAGAGCCAAGACGGAGAAAUGGGAUGAUCAAAUGACACAUAUUUCCAAAGACUUGUAAAGUUAAUGGAUGAAGCUACGAAGAGGACCAACCAGACCUUACAAACCUGCUGCCUUGUUUUUCUUCUUACCUUUUACUCUGCUGGAAUUUCUUUUUAUUCUUUUUUUUUUUUUUUUUUUUUUUUUUUACCCCAACUCAACAAGACAAUAGAUAUGAGUUGUAUUUCACUGACAGGGCUUCUUUAUGAAGUGCAGCCAUAGCUACUCUCACUGCUCUGACUUGAAAAAGUGGGAAAAUAUUGCUUGGAUCUGUGUGAAUGUUCUGUGUCCGUGGUUUUAAACUGUAAAAUAUACAACUAAUCAGCAAUACAGAUGUACAACACAGUAAACCAAGGCAGGACAGGGCUGAAAAACUGUUUAAAAAAAAAAAAAAAAAAAAG